AGUCUCAUCGAGUUUCGACUAUGCACAAUUAAUUACGAAUGGAACUUCUUGCUCAAAACGUUACACAAUUACUUCCUUAGAAAAUAAACAAACCUCCGCCGCCAGCACCACCGUCUCCGCUGCCACUCUAACUCACUCUAUUAGCACAGACCAAAACAAAACAAAAACAACACCAAUUUUACCGUCAGCAUCUUCAAAUUUCAAUCGCCGACAACUAAUCAAACCAUGGCCGGUCGAUUCCGCGAGCUCCUGAAAAAGUACGGUAAAGUAGCACUCGGUGUUCACUUCACCGUUUCCGCAGCUUCCGUCACCGGCCUCUACGUCGCCAUUAGAAACAACGUCGACGUUGAAGCCAUGCUCGAGAAGUUUCACUUGGGCGCCGCUUCAUCAGAAGAAAACCCUAAUCCUAAUCCUAACCCUAACCCUAAUUCUGAUACAGACUCUACCCCUAUGUCGGUUAAAAAUCGCACGGCACAGAUGGCGGCUUCUGCUGGUGGAGCUUUCACCUUGGCUUUACUUUGCAACAAAGCUCUGAUCCCUGUUCGGGUUCCCAUCACUAUAGCACUCACACCCCCAAUUGCGAGGUUCUUGGCGAGAAGGAACAUUGUGAAGACUGGUGUAUGAACAUGCUCUUUGUCUUGCAGAUACCAUCAUC